CGGCAAUACCAAAAAACAUCAAAAUCUAAAAGAAUUGACAAAUUGGCAUGUUGCUCGCUGAUUGCUUCUUUUGCUUAUUGCAAGUUUUUAACAAGAAUAUCAAGUUUUUAGUGAUAAAUCAACAAACUUUGUGUUAACUUCAUAUAUUCACCCGAAUAUCUUAUGUGAAUUUCACUGUACACACAUUAUAGUGAACUGAUAGCAGAGGGCGGAGGCUGUGCUAAUGGUUGUAUUUAUGUGCAAAGAUCUUGAUUUAACGCGGCCUUAUGGCCACCAAGAAUUAUUAGUAUGCGGCUUCAACUAUCUUCACAAUAUAAUCAUUGCUUAAAUCGGCAGCGGUAAUGUCCGGCACAGCAGCAAGCGUGGGCGGCGCCGGCGCUGGCCCGGGAGGCGGCAGCGCAGCUCUGGGCGGCCUGGGCGGCUCGCUGGAGGACAAGGACUGUGAGCUGCUGUGCCCCGUCUGCUUCGAGCUGAUCAACGAGGCGUACGUGACGCGCUGCGGCCACUCUUUCUGCUACGCCUGCAUCGCCAAGUCGGUGGAGUUGCAGCGCCGUUGCCCCAAGUGCGGCGCCGCCCUCGCCUCGCGCGAGCACAUCUUCCCCAACUUCCUGCUCAACGAGCUGGUGGCGCGGCGCAAGCUGCGAGCGCGGCCGGCGCCACCGACGGGCGAGGCGGCGGAGGGCGUGCGGUUGCGCGCGCUCGUGGCGGCGGAGGCGCGUCAUCUGGGCCUGGCCGAGGUGGACGGAAUGCUGGAUGUGCUCACGCGGCGCAAGCGGCUGCUGCAGGCGGAGUCCGCCGCCGCGCAGCAUCGCCUGCUCUAUGAGUUCCUCUCGCAGCUACUGCGCCUGCGCCACCACCAGCUCGACCAGCUGGUGCGCGAGGCCACGCUCGUCAGAUCGGACUUGGAUCAGGUGGGGCGCGUGCUGCGCGAGCUGAAAGCCGGCGCGCCGGAGUCCGAGCGGCCGCUCUCCCCGCACGCGCUCGACCACGCCUCCGAGCAGCAGGACUGUGCGGAGGAGCGGCGCGCGGAGGAGGAGGAGGAGAGCUUCGCGGGUGGUCCGGGCAGUGCGGCCGGGGGCGACGCGGUGGCCGCGCGCUGGCGCCGCCUCACCACGCACUUUGAUGACUUCGUGCAGUGUUACUUGGCGCACCGCGCCGACGAGCUGUACUUCCCAGGCUCGAGCUCGGCCACGCCCACGCCGGGGCUGGGCCUCGUCCCUCCCGCACCGCCCGCCGCGCCCUCCGGCCCCGCGCCUACGCCCGCGCCCACCUCCGCGCCCUCCUCCGCCGCCAACGAGGGCGACGCGGUGCCGCAGCAAAUGUCGUUCGAGUCGCGCGCAGCCAGCGCCGCAGGUGUGGGCGGGGGAGGCGGCGGGGGCGGGGGCGACCAGCGCGCGCCGGAGGGCGGGGAGGCUGUGACAGCGGCGAGCGGGGCAGGGUCGGGUGUGGGGGGCGCGGGCGCGGGCGCGGUGGAGCCCUGCGGCGGGCUGGAGGCGUUCCGCGCGGACCUGGCGGCGUUCACGCGGUACCGGGCGCUGCGGCCCCUCGCCACGCUCGCCUACUGCAGCGACGCCAUCAACUACUCCACCAUCGUGUCCACCAUCGAGUUCGACAAGGACAACGAGUUCUUCGCCAUCGCCGGCGUCACCAAGCGCAUCAAGGUGUUCGAGUUCGAGUCGGUGGUGCGCGACGCGGUGGACGUGCACUACCCGUGCGCGGAGAUGCAGUGCGCGCACAAGGUGUCGUGCGUGUCGUGGAACGCGUACCACAAGCACGUGCUGGCGUCUGCGGACUACGAGGGCACGGUGAGCGUGUGGGACGCGGCGGCGGGCACGCGCACGCGCGCGCUGCAGGAGCACGACAAGCGCUGCUGGUCGGUGCACUUCAACCGCACCGACGUGCGCCUGCUGGCCUCCGGGUCGGACGACGCGCGCGUCAAGCUGUGGGCGCUCAACACGGAGCGCUCCGUCGCCACGCUCGAGGCCAAGUUCAACGUGUGCUGCGUGCGCUUCAACCCCGCCUCCUCCUGCCACCUCGCCUUCGGCAGCGCCGACCACUGCGUGCACUACUACGACCUGCGCGCGCCCCGCCUGCCGCUCGCCGUCUUCCGCGACCACCGCAAGGCCGUCUCCUACGUCAAGUUCCUAGACGCGCGCACGCUGCUCUCUGCCUCCACCGACUCGCAGCUGAAGCUGUGGCGCGUCGAGUCGCCGCGCUGCGUGCGCUCCUUCACCGGCCACGCUAACGAGAAGAACUUCGUGGGCCUCGCGACUGACGGCCGCUACCUCGCCUGCGGCUCCGAGAACAACUCGCUGUACGUGUACUACAGCGGCCUGUCGCGGCCUCUGCUCGUCUACAAGUUCGAGGCGCUGCGCGGCUUCCUGGAGCGCGAGCGUCGCGACGAGGAGCCCUCCGAGUUCGUGUCCGCCGUCUGCUGGCGCGCCGCCCCCGACCGCCCCGCGCUGCUCGCCGCCAACAGCCAGGGCACCAUCAAGGUGCUCGAGCUCGUCUAGUGCUGCACCUCCACACCUUCACCUCUACCACCGUCAGCACUAGUCUCCCUCCGACUCGCAGAGAUCUGUGUGAAACUUGCAGGGGGAUCGGAAAAAAAAUUGUAUUAUUGUGCCAAAUAGAAACCUAUAGCUGUCCACCCGCUAAAUUGAGUUGUUAGUGUUGUGAAAUUUUACUCUAAAAAAUACAAAAAUUCAAGAUAAAAAGAUUUAGUGAACGGUAAGAGAACAACAUCUGUCUACCCACAAAAUAGAUGCAAGAUGUUAGAUUUCUUCUAUCUUUAAAUAAGUGUCCAAGUGUAUGUGUUAGUUGAUAUCUUCGUGGAUGUCA